AUGGUAACGAAUACCCCGCUACAACCUCUGCGUUAUUUCACCUUUUCUGACUUCCAAUUAGCUCCUACUUUAGAAGAGUUAGAGAGAAUUGUGGGUCGGAAUUUGAGGGACCAUGAUCCAUUUCCCAAGUUUGAUGAAGGUAUCACUGCCAAGAGAAUAACUUCAGUUUUGGGUAUGGAGGUCCAAUUGAUCAUAAGUAAUUGGGAUAAGAAGGGAGCCUUCAAUGGUUUUUCUAGAUGCUUCGUAGAUCAUGUGGUCGUAAGAAUAUUCCUCUCUGGUAAUCAGGUACCUUUUCUCCUAGCUGAUAUCUACUAUGCCCUCCAUGAGCGUCAUGAGAAGAAAGGGGGAACCCUUUUGUGUUGUGAACAGUUGUUGCAUACUUGGUUUAUAUCUCACAUGCCUGAAAAAGGACCCUACACCUCCAAAACAGUUAAACCCUCUCAGAAAUUAACUUCCAUUACUGCCAACCAUGUCAAAUGGUAUUUCAGAGAUUGGGAGACCCCGAAUAUUAUUGUUAGCAUUGGAGACUUUCCUAAUGUACUUUUGAUAGGGACUAGGGGUUACAUCAACUACAAGCUUAUAUUAUCCCUGAUGCAACAUAGUUACUCCAUGAAUGGACCCCCAAAAGCUGAAGCUUUAGAGCCUUUCAUUUUGCAUGACAUUGAUGCAGACAACCCAAUUGUGAAGAAGAUUAAGAAAUCCUGGAAAAUAAUUGUUAGAAGGGUUCCCGAGCCAAAACCUAUACUACCUGAAUACGUUGAGAAGCUCAAUGCCAAAAUUAAGGAGCUUGAAUUAGAAAACUCCGAGUUACAGCUUAAGCUUAAUCGAACCACUUUGGAAAAUGAAAAUCUGAAGGAUGAACGUAAAGAGAAAGACCGAGACCUUGAAGCUAGCAACAAGAGGGCAAGAACAUUUGAAGACAAGAAGGAUGAGCUUGAUGAUAUUCUCAUAGGUACAAAACCUGUGUUCAAAACCAAGAAUGAGGAGCUCAAAAAAGCCCACCUCAAAAUUCAAGAGUUGGACAAAAUGUUGGAGAGAUCUCUUGUGGAGAAGAGAGAAGCUAGAAUCGACUAUGAAUCUCAAAUCUGUGAACUCAGGGACACUCUCAAGAAUUGCAAAGAUAAGUUGUCUCGUGAGGUCCUUCGGAAGGAGGGAGCUGAGAGGAACUGUCUCCGCCUUGAGUACCAGUUGGGAGAAGCUAAUAGAAGGAUUGCAGGUUUGGAAAACCAAGAAGGUGAUGUAACUUACAUGAUCUUGAAGAAUGACUAUGUAUAUUGGAGGGGGCUGUAUAUGGAGGCUAGAGCGGCCUUAGACGAAGAUCAGUGUGUCAUUAAGAAGCUCUGA